AUGUUUUUGAAACAAUUUAUUUCUUCCUUAUUUCUAAAUCAACUGGGUGUUAAAUUCAAAGAAGACUGUUUUUCCAAAGGCUACAAUAUGUUGCUUCAGGUUGCGGCAAAAAUCACUACAUACUUAUUAUAUAAACUAUACCAAUAGGAAGAAAAACUAAAACUACCAUUUACCCUGAAGUAUUGUACUCAACAAUAUUGUGUACUGAUGAACCUGAAAUGGUCUUAA